AUAUUUUACGUGGUUGGGUAGCACGACUUGCAUAGACGGCAAAGUUAAUUAAACCAAUUUAAAAAAUAAAUCCACUCAAUUUAAUUACAAUUUAAGUACACAAGAUGUCUUAUAUUCGCCACACAAGAAAGCUUUUAAAAUACAUUUCACGUUUUAAUAAUUCGGAAAUCUCAUCACGAAGCAGUGUUGUGCUACCCUGUACGAGUUUGAGUCCACAACCGUACAGCACAGCUGUACCUGCUGAUCAUCCAUCCAUGUUUCCAGGUGCGAAAGCACCAUUUGUCUCACAACCAACACUUACCAAGCCUAGUGAUUAUGCGCCAAUACCAAUAUAUCGCGUUAUGGAUCGUGAUGGAUGUAUUAUUGACUCAGCACAGGAUCCGCAAUUAGAUAAAGCAACUGUUCAAAAAAUGUUUAACGAUAUGGUGUUAUUAAAUACAAUGGAUAAAAUUUUAUACGAAUCGCAACGUCAAGGACGUAUAUCUUUUUACAUGACUAAUUUUGGUGAAGAAGCAUCUCAUAUUGGAGGUGCAGCUGCUUUAGAAAUGCGCGAUCUCAUAUAUGGACAGUAUAGAGAAGCUGGAGUAUUGGUUUGGCGUGGCUUUCAAAUUAAUCAAUUUAUUGAUCAGUGUUAUGGAAAUGUUGAUGAUGUGGGCAGAGGAAAACAAAUGCCUGUACAUUAUGGCUCGAAGGAAUUAAAUUUCGUCACGAUAUCAAGUCCACUUUCCACGCAAAUGCCUCAAGCUGUUGGUGCUGCUUAUGCCAUGAAACGUCAUGAAAACAACGAUUCAUGUGUUGUUUGUUAUUUUGGUGAAGGAGCUGCAUCCGAAGGAGAUGCACACGCAGCGUUUAAUUUUGCUGCAACAUUGGAGUGUCCUAUUAUAUUCUUCUGUCGUAACAAUGGAUUUGCUAUUUCCACACCUUCACAUGAACAAUAUAAAGGAGAUGGUAUAGCUGCACGUGGUCCUGCCUAUGGAAUUGCAACAAUACGUGUUGAUGGCACAGACGUUUUUGCUGUAUAUAAUGCUAUGAAAAUGGCCCGUAAUUAUGUUUUACGUGAAAAUCAACCAAUAAUAUUUGAAGCAAUGGCUUACCGCGUUGGACAUCAUUCCACUUCAGAUGAUAGCACGGCAUAUCGUUCAGCUGAAGAAAUCGAAAUAUGGAACUCUGUUGAACAUCCGAUUUCAAAAUUGAAACAAUAUAUGGUACGAAAAGGUUGGUUUAACGAAGAUGAAGAAAAACAAUUCGUUAAAGAUGUACGUAAACAAGUUCUUAAGCAAAUUUCUUUAUCGGAAAAGAAGUUGAAACCCAGUUACAAAGAGAUGUUUGAGGGAGUAUAUGCAGAAAUGCCACAACAUUUAAAAGAACAAAUGCAGGAACUGGACAACCAUGUUCAAGCUCAUAAAGACUAUUAUCCUGUUAAAAAUUUUAAAGCUUAAUGGUAUAAAGUGGAAAAAAUUACCUGAUAUUUUGAAGCUCAUGUAAAAAAUAUGAAAAAUUCUAGACUUAACUAAA